AUGGCAGAUGAGGAAGUGACGUACAACGCGUCGGAGAAAGGCGACAUGACGCUGAGCAGCCCUCCGAUGCUGUCCAGCGCUGUGCUGCGCGAAAGUGAAUCCUUCGCGCAGUCGGACACGUUCGACGCCAGCACGCCCAAGCUGCACCCGCCGCUCUUUGCAUCGACGAGCACCUCCAACUUCAAACCGAGCCACUCGCUGGGUGGCAUGACGCAAAUUUCCAUGGGCCAGCAGUCUGACAUUGACGGCUACGGAAGCAGCUCGCCGCGCGAGUACGUGUACUCCCCGUCGCAGCGUGAGCUGCCCUAUGGCGACUCGCAGCGUGAGCUGACCUAUGGCGACUCGCAACGUGAGUUUCCCCACGGAAACUCGCAGCGUGAGCUUCCCUACGGCGACUCGCAGCGCCAGAUUGAGUACAACAACUCGCCGCGCGAUCAAAAGUUCGAUGGCAGCGACAGUACGCCGCAAAACCAAGUUCCUUACUACUGGAUGGAGAUGAAUGACGUUAAGGAAAUGGACGAUGAUCUGCAUGACCCCAACCUGAACCCUCCUACGCGUGGCGCACCGCAGCGCGCAAUUUUAAAUGUCGGCGCGCUGGUUCUUUUGAUUCUGGCGAUGCUCAUGCUUUUUGCUGGAUACCCUAUUUUGCACCAUUAUACCGAGAUGCACCAGCAAGACGACCGCACGGCCAUGAUCGCGUCGCAUUUGAAGAAUAAUCGGCAGCCCAACAUCCCGGCCGGUGUACCGGCUGGUCGUGCGAACAGCACCCAGUACAAAGGCUCGCCCGACGCAGAUCUGCGGACGCUCAUUGAUCCAGACACGCCAGCGGAUGCCUAUCAGCUUGAAAGCACCUAUUCCAAGGGACUGGAUGCCGAAGGUAACCCCAAGAAGUUCCAGCUUGUCUUUUCGGAUGAGUUUAACACGGCCGGCCGCUCGUUUUACCCCGGUGAGGACCCAUUCUGGGAGGCUGUUGAUCUGCACUACUGGGCCACGGGCAACUACGAAUGGUACGACCCUGCUGCUGUCUUCACCAAGGACGGCGCACUGCAUAUCCGUCUGGAGCAGCAUCCAGAGCACAAUCUCAACUUCCGUGGCGGUAUGCUUCAGUCGUGGAACAAAUUCUGCUACACUGGUGGUAUUCUCAUUGCCAGUGUCCAGAUGCCUGGUAGCCCCAAGGUCGGUGGUCUCUGGCCUGCUUUCUGGGCGAUGGGCAACUUGGGCCGUGCUGGCUACGGUGCGACGCUGCAGGGAACCUGGCCCUACUCGUACGACCAGUGCGAUGUGGGAACGACAAUGAACCAGACCAUCUACAACUCUACCUACCCCAACGGGUUCCCCGCUGAUACAUUGAACGGUGGUGCGACUAUGUUUAACCAGAAACACAACACGCGUGCACUGUCGUUCCUGCCUGGUCAAAAGUUGUCGGCGUGCACAUGCAAAGGCGAGGAUCACCCUGGUCCAUGGCUUAAGGAGGAAAAUCGCUACCGUGGCCGCGCUGCACCGGAAAUCGAUGUAUUCGAAGCGCAGGCAGAUGGAUCGGAUGGUAUGAAAGUGUCGCAGUCGUGUCAGAUGGCGCCGUACAAUUGGCUCUACCAGAUCGAUUACCACAACGAUAGCAAGUUGUACGACUUCUAUGACAAUUACAGGCGGAAAGGUGGCAUCAAUAUUUAUACCGGUGAAGUCACGCAGCAAUCGCUCAGUGGUGAAAACCUGGCCAGCCAAACUGCUGUGCAACAUAUCGCCUCGAGUAACAUACCGACGGAUGACCCUAACGAUCCCAACUUUGCUCUUUACUCGAUGGAAUAUGCGCCCGGUCCUGAUGGCUACGUCGCGUGGGUGAGCAAUGGCAAGCCUGCGUGGGAGUUAUACAAGGACGCCAUUCGCGCUGACCCUCGUUCGGCGAUCGGCGAUCGUCAAUUCCCUGCUGAACCCAUGUACAUCAUCUUCAACCUGGGUAUGUCGAACAACUUUGGUGGUAUCGACUGGAGUAACCUGGAAGAUUUGUGGCCCUUCGAGAUGGUGGUUGACUGGGUCCGUGUCUACCAGGACCCAGACAACAUCAAUGUCGGCUGUGACACGGAGGACUACCCUACGAAGGACUACAUCGAGAGGCACAUUGAGGCAUACACGAAUGCGAACCUCACGUUGUGGGGUAACACGCGCGACGAGGGUGGCUAUGAGGCUGAAUGGCCAAGGAACAGGCUCUACUCCAAGGGCUGCAACGGCAAGCGCAGCCAAUUCCCCGGCGAUCCUGACCAGGCCGAGUAUGUCGCCCCGAUCAUUCCUUCGAAGUCUGUUACUGUGGGCAUCUACAAAACGAUCGAGGGUCAAAACCCCAGUAUUACCAAGGCACUUCCCAACUCCAACGAACCCGGUGCGAACGACGCUAUGACGAAGCCCGUGCCCACCGCCACCUCCUAG